AUGCUAGCCAGACGCUCUAUCCAACGACUCCGCUUCAACAAUCCCACGCCACUUGUUUCUUCGAAGGCUUUCGGCAUAGGAUCAGAGGCACGCAACAUGGCAUCGACCUCAGAGAAAGACGCAAAGAAAGCACUCCGGAAAGACAUCAAAGACCGGCUCUAUGCACUCAGUGAAGACGACAUCUCAGCACAGUCAAAACAAGCGCAGGAAACAAUUCUCUCCAUGCAACAGUACAGAAACGCAAAGCGGGUUGGGAUCUACCUUUCGAUGCCAAAAUCAGAAGCUCAAACAGAUCUCCUGAUCAGAGAUGCUUUCGACAACGACAAGAAAGUCUUCGUUCCCUACCUUCACAGCGUCUCAUCUGGGUCUGAAGGCAAGAAGCGAAAGAUCAUGGACAUGCUCCGUCUAACUUCGCUGAGGGAGUAUGAGACGCUCGAGCACGAUUCUUGGGGGAUCCCAAGUCUGGCAGCGUCGAGUGUUGAAGCGCGGGAGAAUGCUAUCGGUGGCCUGGGACUGCUGUCAAGCGGUGAUGAAGCGCCAGGAUUGGAUAUGGUUGUAGUUCCCGGAGUAUCUUUUGAUCGUGAAGGCGCGAGGACUGGGCAUGGUGCUGGAUUCUAUGAUGCGUACUUGAGUAGCUACUGUGCGGAUGGUAAGAGGGAGAAGCCAUAUUUAGUCGGCUUGUGCCUUGCUGAACAGCUGCUCGACCCUGGACAGAUCGUAAUGCAGGAGCACGACUGGAGAGUUGACGCUGUAGCGGCAGGCGACGGAAGCCUGCAUGCUGUCGAGUACAACUUGUGA